UGCUGCAACCUGGGCUAAUCCUACUGCCUCCCCAUUCUGGGCUUCAGGAUGCCUUUGGGCCCCUGCUGAGGCCAUGGCUGUGCGAACUCAGUGCUUCCCUUGACGGUUGCUAGAAGACGGCGGGCUCAGAGGGGGGGUUGGAUUGGUGUACUCAGUAUUGGCAGAUCCUGCUGAGACCCGAGAUUUAAGCUAGCUCCUCAUCUGGAACUACAAACCCCAGAAGGCUUUUCGCCAAAAUCAUUUGACCCCUGACCUCAGGAAGCCAUUUGUUGCCCAGCAACAGCAACUCCUACCGGCUUGCAACAGUUGGCGGCAAAACUGCUCCAGUGAGAGCUCCCGAUGGGGCGCUGCGGGGGAGGGGUCGCGAACCCCUCAGGGCAGUGGGCUAGGAUCCCGGUCGCGGGGCGGUGGCGCAGGCUCAGCCUAGGGGCCGGGCGGGAGACGAAGGGUUGGGGGCGGGAAUGGCGGGUAUUGCGGGGCUGCAGGGCUCGGGUCGAGGGUGGAAGCACCCGACAGGUAUUGGGGGUCGGAGUCACGCAGCGCAGCAGGCUUCGGUGCAUGGUUGCAGGGCUGCGGUAGAAUCAUGUGCGAGGGCCCGUCCCGCAUCUCUGGACCCAUUCCCCCAGACCCUACGCUCUGCCCGGACUACUACAGGCGGCCGGCCUCGGCCCAAGGGCGCCUGGAAGGAAACGCGCUGAAGCUGGACCUGCUGACUUCAGGUGGCGACCUGGACUCCUGUCCUCCUCGUGGCCCCCGCAUCAGGCCUGGAGCCCGAGAGAUCCUAGAGCGUGGUCAGCGAGGCAUAGGGGACGUGCUGCUGCAACUGGGGGGCAUCUCCCUUGGUUCAGGGGUGUCUCCUAAGAGAAAGGAUUCAAAAGACCACGAGAAGGAAAACCUGAGGCGGAUCAGAGAGAUUCAGAGGCGCUUCCAAGAUCAAGAACGCAGCCGGGAACAGGGCCAGCCUAAGCCCCUGAAGGCACUGUGGCGAUCACCCAAGUACAACAAUGUGGAGUCUCGAGUCAAGGCCAGGAUGAAGGAGCCUGGCCCUGCCUCUGUGACAGAGCCUGCCCAUUUCCUUCGGGCACACUCCCGCUGUGGACCAGGGCUCCCACCGUCCCGCGUCUCCAGUCCUCAACCUGCCCUGCCAGGUGCCAAAGCCAAGGGGCCAGGCCUGGGUGUGGAUUUCAUUAGUCACAACGCCCGCGCUGCCAAGAGAGCCCCCCGGCGCCAUUCCCGCUCGCUGCAGGCCCUAGCGCAGGUCCUGGAGCAGCAGCGGCAAGCCCAGGAGCACUACAAUGCCACACAGAAAGGCCACGUGCCCCAUUACCUGUUGGAACGCAGGGAUCUGUGGCGGAGGGAAGAAGAAGCUCGUCAGCGUAGCCAGCCAGACCCUGCCGUGCCCCCGGGCCACACACUCAUGCCUGAGAACCAGCGACUAGAGACCCUGAACAGUCUGCUCCAGAGCCAAAGCCAGCUGCUGCGUGAGCUCGUCCUGCUACCUGCUGGGGCAGACUCUCUGAGAGCCCAAGGCCACCGUGCUGAACUGGACCAGAAGCUGGUGCAAAUAGAUGAGGCUAUCAAGAUCUUUUCCCGACCCAAAGUCUUUGUGAAGAUGGAUAGCUAAGCUCUACCUCUGUGGGGAGAGUGACAGGAAGAUCCAUGCUGAGGGUCACCCAUGGCUAUGAAGGGCAAGCCAUGUCAUAGUUUCAAAGACAGGAGCACUGGGGUGGGCAGUUUCUCUAAAGCACCUCCUAGUACCCCAGCCUUCCAACUCCUGUAUCAAAAUUAAACCUUUUGUACACAGCA